CCUCUCCGCUCUGUCCCCUCAAACACUAGAGAUCUCUCAAAGUCGAAGGUUUCCUUUGCUUCUGUUCUUUCCUUGCCCCCUUUCCACCAUAUUCCUUCAUCCUUGGUAAAUACGUGUUAGAUCCAUGUCUAUUUUAAUAGUGACGAGCUUGGGUGAUAUUGUCGUGGAUUUGUUCACAGACAAAUGUCCUUUGACCAGCAAAAACUUUUUGAAGCUUUGCAAGAUUAAGUAUUACAAUGGGUGUCUAUUUCACACGGUGCAGAAGGAUUUUACUGCCCAAACAGGGGACCCUACUGGGACAGGCUGUGGAGAUUCUGUGUAUAAAUUCCUUUAUGGUGAUCAGGCUCGAUUUUUCGGUGACGAGAUUCAUCUUGAUUUAAAGCAUUCCAAGACAGGAACUGUUGCAAUGGCUAGCGCUGGGGAGAAUCUUAAUGCUUCCCAGUUCUAUUUUACACUUCGUGAUGAUUUAGACUAUCUUGACGGGAAGCACACAGUCUUUGGGGAGGUUGCUGAAGGAUUUGAAACUUUGACCAGGAUCAAUGAUUAUGUAGAUGACAAGAACAGGCCAUAUAAAAAUAUCCGGUAUAACCUUAAUAAAACACAUAUAUUAGAGGAUCCUUUUGAUGAUCCUUCCCAGUUGUCCGAGUUGAUUCCUGAUGCUUCCCCUGAAGGAAAACCAAAGGAUGAGGUUGAUGAUGAAGUUCGGCUUGAAGAUGAUUGGGUUCCCAUGGAUGAACAACUAGGUGCUGCAGAACUUGAGGAGGUUCUUCGGGCAAAGGAUGCCCAUUCAAGUGCAGUUGUACUUGAAAGUAUAGGAGAUAUUCCUGAUGCUGAAAUUAAGCCUCCUGACAAUGUUCUAUUUGUUUGUAAAUUGAAUCCAGCUACUGAAGAUGAGGACUUGCAUACUAUAUUUUCGCGGUUUGGAACUGUAGUAUCGGCCGAGGUAAUCCGUGAUUACAAGACUGGAGACAGCUUAUGCUAUGCUUUCAUUGAAUUUGAGACCAACGAGGCUUCUGAGCAAGCAUAUUUCAAGAUGGAUAAUGCAUUGAUCGACGACAGAAGGAUACAUGUGGAUUUUAGUCAAAGUGUUUCAAAACUUUGGUCUCAAUACACGCAAGAUCAACAAAAGGGUAAAGGAGGAGGUUGUUUUAAAUGUGGCGCUCUUGAUCACGUUGCUAAGGAUUGUACUGGGGGACCAGCAACCCAGCCUUCUAAAUAUAUUUUGAAGGAUGAAAAUCCUCAGCAUGGUGGAGAUAAUAGCUCAAGGUAUGAGAUGGUAUUUGAUGGAGACACUCCAGAGAGUCCCCGGGGAGGAAAAAGGCAUCGUGCCCAUGAUUUUGAUAGCAAUGAACGCAGAUACAAAACAAACAGGAAUACUUCUGAUGCCAUGGAGGGGAAAGAAUUCAAUGAUAGGGAUAAGCAGAGAAGCCGAAGUAGAGAUCACAGAGCAGAUAUGAGUCGAUCUGGUGGGAGGAGAGAUGAAAAACAUCUUAGAGAUCAAAUUGAUGGAGAAAGGCAUGUAGACAGACAAAGAGGAAGAGAUGAGCGCAGUCACGGAAAGAGUAGUUCAGAUUGUCGUGAUGACCAGAGAGGUGAUGCAGGUGGCAGAAAGAGAUAUGAUGACAACGAUAGUCCAAAUAGGAGACAUGAUGAUCCCAGGAGGAGUGAGGAUGAUAAUAUCUAUGGAGACAAGAAGGACGAAAGAGAUUAUUCUAAGAAAAAUGCAGUCAGUAACAGAGGAGACAGGAAUGAGUCGAGUCACAGAAGAAGUGGUGCAAAUGACCAUGGCUAUAAAGAUAGGAGGGAAGAACGGAUGGAUAGGCACCGGAGAACAGAAAGUGAUGAUGAUCACGACAGGGAUAGAAGACACCGAGGUGAUAAGAAGAGAUAGAAUGAUACAUGAAAUGCAGCAAAAUGGAGUAGCCGAUAGGCGUGGUAUCGCUUUUUUUCUUUUGGGAAAGUG